ACACUCCGCAGCCUGCGCCCCAACACCCACACCUCAGCCCGCUAGCUACCCACCCCACGCCGGCGGCCGCCCGCCCGCGCGCGCUGCAUUGCCCUUGCCCGCUCUCACCCAAUGGACGCGGCGGCGGCGCUGCCGGAGGCGUGGUCGCAGGUGCGGGCGCCGGUGAUCGUGCCGCUGCUGCGGCUGGCGGUGGCGGUGUGCCUGACCAUGUCCGUGCUGCUCUUCCUGGAGCGGCUGUACAUGGCCGUGGUCAUCGCCGGGGUGCGCCUGCUGGGGCGCCGCCCCGAGCGCCGGUACCGCUGCGACCCCGUCCCCGAGGACGACCCCGAGCUCGGCCCCGCCGCGUUCCCCUCCGUGCUCGUCCAGAUCCCCAUGUUCAACGAGCGCGAGGUGUACCAGCUCUCGAUCGGGGCGGUGUGCGGGCUGUCGUGGCCGGCGGAGCGGCUGGUGGUGCAGGUGCUGGACGACUCCACGGACCCGGUGAUUAAGGAAAUGGUGCGGCUGGAGUGCGAGCGGUGGGCGAGGAAGGGGAUCAACAUCACGUACCAGAUCCGGGAGGACCGGCAGGGGUACAAGGCCGGCGCGCUCAAGGCGGGCAUGAAGCACGCGUACGUGCGCGGGUGCGAGUUCGUGGCCAUGUUCGACGCCGACUUCCAGCCGGAGCCCGACUUCCUGAAGCGCACCAUCCCGUACCUCGUCCACAACCCGGAGAUCGCGCUCGUCCAGGCGCGAUGGAGGUUCGUGAACGCAGACGAGUGCCUGAUGACGAGGAUGCAGGAGAUGUCCCUGGAUUACCACUUCACGGUGGAGCAAGAAGUCAGCUCCUCCGUCUGCGCCUUCUUCGGCUUCAACGGGACUGCCGGCGUGUGGCGCAUUUCUGCGGUGAACGAGGCGGGAGGGUGGAAGGACCGGACCACGGUGGAGGACAUGGAUCUCGCCAUCCGGGCGAGCCUCAAGGGGUGGAAGUUUGUCUACCUGGGUGAUGUUCAGGUGAAAAGUGAGCUGCCGAGCACUUUCAAGGCUUUCCGGUUUCAGCAACACCGGUGGUCGUGUGGGCCGGCAAACCUGUUCAGGAAGAUGCUGAUGGAGAUUGUGACAAAUAAGAAAGUGACAAUCUGGAAGAAGAUCCAUGUCAUCUACAACUUCUUCCUGAUACGCAAGAUCGUGGCACAUAUUAUAACCUUCACGUUCUACUGCCUAAUUAUCCCAGCAACGAUCUUUGUCCCCGAGGUCCGGAUACCGAAGUGGGGCUGUGUCUACAUUCCCUCAUGCAUCACCCUCCUCAAUGCUGUUGGAACUCCCAGGUCUUUUCACUUGCUUUUCUUCUGGGUCGCCUUUGAGAACGUCAUGUCACUGCACAGAACCAAGGCCACAUUGAUCGGCUUGUUAGAGGCUGGCAGGGCCAACGAAUGGGUCGUCACAGAGAAGCUCGGCAACGCUCUGAAGAUGAAAUCGUCUAGUAAAGCGAACAAGAGACAGUUCAUGAAACAGUUUAUGAGGAUAUGGGAGAGGCUACACGUUACGGAGCUCGGCGUGGGAGCCUUCCUCUUCUCCUGCGGAUGCUAUGAUGUUGCGUAUGGGAAGGACCAUUUCUUCAUAUACCUCUUCUUUCAGUCAAUCGCUUUCUUCAUUGUCGGUAUCGGCUACAUUGGCACAAUCGUCCCGCAGUCAUAACAGAAGCAUGUUCAGAUCGUCCGCCUCUGAUUUUCGCAAUGUCUUCAGCAAGUUUCGUAGUGGACAACCAGUUUGAAGUAAAGAUCACACGGUCCUCACUUUCUGUGUCUUUUUGAGGACUGAUCAUGUAGCCUUCUGUUGUAUGUACUACUGUAAAAUAGAAGUGCAGUGUGGUAAGAUCACUGCAGGAAAUGGACAGGAAUGUUUUGGUGUUUUUGCUUAUAUAUAGCAAGUAUGUGCUGUGUUUUAAGGGGUGCAGGAUGACUGCUUCCAAUGUACUAGUAACAUACAGAAAAAGAGGUUCAGACAUGUUUUGAGCAAAAUCAAGUGUUCAGCCUUCUCUUGGUUUUUUA